AUGAGGGGUCACGCCCAGCUGUGGCACCAGGGUAACGAGCACUUCGGCAGGUCCUGGGGUCCAGGUGACGUGGUGGGCUGUAUGGUGGAUCUGAACGAACACACCAUGAUGUUCACGCACAACGGAGAGGUGCUCCUCGACCACUCAGGGUCGGAACUGGCCUUCAAGGACUUUGAGGUUUGGGAAGGUUUCAUCCCGGUGUGCAGCCUGGGUGUUUGCCAGGUUGGGAGGAUGAACUUUGGUAAGGACGUGAGCACGCUGAAGUACUUCACCAUCUGUGGUCUUCAGGAAGGCUACGAGCCCUUCGGCGUCAACAUGAACAGAGACCUCACCAUGGCUCAGCAAGAGACUGUCUCAGUUCAUCCCCGCACUCCGCAGCAUGAACACAUUGAG